UCACGACAUUGAGAGGUCACCUAAAGGGGGCGUAGCGAUCGUAGGGACAAAAAUUUAAUUAUUUCGCCGGAUAUUUGAGUCAGCCUUUCUCCCGAAAUGGCUUUCAGUGUAACCACACAGGUAGCCCGGAGGGUUUUAACCCCCUUUCUGUUGAAAAGCAAUUCUCCAGUUGUCAUUGCUUCGUUACACACCACGACACCAUGCGAGAAGGAAAAGAAGAAAAAACACAAAGAUCUGAUCAAUCAUUCAAGGGUUCGAGGAAUAGAUGUUUUACGAAAUCCUAAACUAAACAAGGGUACAGCCUUUACCUUAGAAGAGAGACAGAUUAUGGGUAUUAUGGGGCUGAUGCCGGCUGCCAUCAGAAGUCAAGACGAGCAAAUGGUCCGUGUGAUGACUAACUUUUAUAAACGUAGCAGUGACCUUGAUAGAUAUAUCUACCUGAUGGCGCUACAGGAGAGAAAUGAACGUCUGUUUUAUCGAGUGUUAUGUGAACAUACUGAGGAGAUGAUGCCUAUUGUCUAUACACCUACUGUAGGACUGGCCUGUCAACAAUAUGGUGUUACAUUCAGAAAACCAAGAGGUUUAUUUUUAUCUAUCAAUGAUAAAGGUCAUCUGUAUGAAAUGAUGUGUAACUGGCCAGAACAAGAUGUCAAGGCUAUUGUUGUUACUGAUGGUGAAAGAAUAUUAGGACUGGGUGAUCUAGGCUCGUAUGGUAUGGGUAUACCAGUAGGUAAAUUGGCUCUGUACACAGCUCUCGGUGGUAUUGUACCUGAUCAAUGUCUACCUAUUCAAUUAGAUGUCGGAACCAAUAAUGAGAAAUUACGUAAUGACCCUCUAUAUAUUGGUUUGAACCGUCCAAGGGUUACUGGUCAAGAAUAUGACGAUUUCGUUGAGGAAUUUAUGCAAGCAGCAGUUCAAAGAUAUGGUCAGAAUUGUUUAAUUCAAUUUGAAGAUUUUGGUAACCAUAAUGCGUUCCGUUUCUUGGAUAAAUACCGAGACAAAUAUUGUAUGUUCAAUGACGAUAUUCAAGGUACCGCAUCUGUGGCAGCAGCUGGUGUUUUUGCAGCAUUACGUAUAACAAAAAAGAAAUUAAUAGAUAAUGUCUUCGUCUUUCAAGGCGCUGGAGAGGCAUCUAUCGGUAUUGCUCAACUGAUUGCGUUAGCUAUGCAGGAAGAAGGGGCUAGUGAGGAAGAAGCUUACAGUAAAAUCUGGUUGGUGGAUUCUAAAGGUCUCAUAGUUCAGGAUCGACCUAAAGGUGGUGUAACAGGACAUAAAGUGGAUUUUGCUAAGAAACAUGAACCAGUUGAUAAACUCGAAGAUGUUGUUAGAAAUUUAAAACCUACUGUUCUCAUAGGUGCGGCAGCUGUACCAGCGGCAUUUACAGAAAAUAUUUUACGUAUGAUGGGAGAAUUUAAUGACAGACCUGUUAUAUUCGCUUUAAGUAAUCCUACAAGUAUGUCAGAAUGUACAGCAGAACAGGCUUAUCAUGCGACUGACGGUCGAUGUGUUUUUGCUAGUGGCAGUCCAUUCCCAUCUGUAAUGCAUAACGGUAAAUUAUAUCAUCCCGGACAGGGUAACAAUGCCUAUAUAUUCCCCGGAGUAGCUCUAGGUAUCAUAGCUUGUGGUGUUCGACAUGUUGCAGAUAAGAUAUUCCUUCAUGCUGCCAGGGCUUUAGCAGAUCUGGUUACACAAGAAAAUCUAGAUGAAGGCCGAGUUUACCCACCACUCAGUCAGAUUCGAGAGGUUUCCCUUACAAUCGCGACAAAGUUAUCUGAAGAUGUCUAUCGUGAAGGCCUAGCCACGACAUAUCCAGAACCAACAGAUAAGGCUGCAUUUAUACGCGCACAUGUUUAUGACACAGAGUAUGAACAUUUUGUUCCUGAAACUUGGGACUGGCCUGAACAAGAUAAAUAAACGAUUAGCCAGUUUAGAAAAAUAUACAGGAAUAUUGUACAACUUGAUGUUGGACAAAGUAGAAAUUUAAUGUUAAAAAAAAAAAAGUAUUGUACAACUUGAUUCUGAACAAAGUAGAAAUAUUACACAAAAAAAAAAUUGUACAGCUUGCAAUUGAUGAAAAGUAGAAAUUUAUGUACCGUAUUUUACUGGGUAUAAGUUGAUGUGGACAAUAAGUUGAAUCGUCAGAUUUUACUGUUUGUUUGGACCUAAGUAUAAGACGAAGGCUGGACUUCCGUGGAAAAAAGUUUAAACUUAUACCCUGAAAAAAUACGAUACAGCUUGAUGUUGGAGUCCAGUUGAACAAAGUAGAAAUUUUACGAUAAAAAAUUAACUGUUGUAAAAAUUUGAAGGAAUUUUGUUUGUUAGUGAUUAUAUGAUACCCUAUGCCUCAAAGAAUGUAUUAUAUAUAAAUAUAUCCGAUCUAAUUUAUAUGAAAUAACUAAAUUUUCAUGGUGAUUACACUGAAAUCCUGCUAUUAAACAUACAUUAUGGGAGAUUAAAGGGCUAGCAGUUCUCACUAUAAUAGUUAAAAACUAGAUAAUGUAAAGGGAAGUUGCUGAAAAUUUCAGUCAAAUUGAUCCACCCUGAAUCAAGAUUUUAGCGAUUGAAUUUUCGGCUUAGCCUCGAUCAUCAUUACUAAAGUGGGUAGGAUAAAAAAACAGUCUCAAUUAUCCAUUUCAUAAUUAAAUCAUGAAUGAAAGUUGAGCAGCAAAUCGGAUUGUAAUCCAGUAAAUAUCGCAGGCUAGCGAUGACAUUGAGAGUUGAUUAAGGUCUAGAUAAGUUAAUUAAUAUCUAAUUAAUAAUCUAGAUAACAUUUCAGGCCUAAAGAAAGACCUGCAAUAGGCAGAUUUAGCUCUUGCAUAAUGUAUGUUUAAGUUUUAAUACUAGUGAACCGGUGUUUAUACUGAGUUACAAAUCCCAAGAAUAGAAAUUUGAUAAUACAGAAAUACAGGCUUUAUGUAAUAGACUGUCUGCUAUAUAGGCAAAACAUGAAUAUAAUGAAUUCAUGCUAUUUAAUACCAACUGUUGACUGAUACAAAUUGGGAGAGAGGGGUUUAAUAUAGGCUAAGCCUGUUCCCCAAUCCCUAUUCAGAUAAAAAUCUGAAUAAAAAUAUUGUUUAUGAAAAAAAUAUAUAAAUUGACCUUAAUAGUGAACCAGUCUUUAUAACGGCUUGGAAUCACAGGAUAUAGAUAUUGAUACAUUCUUUUAAAAUACAGUCGUAUAUGUGAGUUGAUUGUUGUCUCGUUUCACGGUACUUUGUUUUAGAAUCUCAAAUAAUAGCCAUAAUUUUUAACUUCUGUCUGUACUAAAGUUUAUUAUCUGAUUUAUAUUGAUAGACAUGACAUAUUAGAAGAUGUAUAUUUACUUUUAAACCUAUAUAUUUAAUAGUUAAAACAUCUUGAAUUUCGACAAGGCCAACAGUUCAGCAAUCAUGUGGCUAAAAAUAGUUGGCAAAUCAUUAUAAAAGAAGAUGAAAUGAAAGUAGAGAAAAAUAUAUAAUAACUGUUGGUAUUACAGUUCCCAGAGAGAUAACUUCUGACGACAUGACAGUUGCCAACAGGAUAACUGUCUGACGACACGACAAUUGCCGCCGAGAUAACUCCUGACAGGACAGUUGCCGUCCAGGGCAAAUGAGGAAUUAAAUACAUUUUAAUGCCAAGCCAGAGUUGUUGGAUCUUGUUUAAAUUCAAGUUGGAAAAACUUUGUUGAUCCCCAUUGAUGAAGUUGUUUGCUGCGAAGAAAAUAUAUUUUAGAUUAUUUAUAGAUUUGUUGAACCUAUAUAUAUAGUUGUUGAUCUUUUAUGUGUGGUGUGUCUGCAGGCCUAGAAAUGUCUGACGUUACUCAAAUAGCUACUGACAUUUUAAACUUUACACAAAUAGAUAAAUCUGUACCAGGACAAAAUAACAGACAUCGGGAGGGGGGGGCUGUCACGGCCUGAAUUUGUGUCUGACUAUGUCUCUGUGACGGGUGCUCUGUUUACUGGCUUGCGUCUGUAGAUAUUGCGUUCAUGUGUCUGGUAAUGUCCGCUCGAUAAAUUACAGUACCAGCAUUCCAUUUCACAAAGCAUACACAAAAAUAUUUGAUUUACGUGAACUUAAGUGUUAUGUAUGCUUUAUGAAACGGGACCAUUACAUUUUCAUUCAUAAUAGCGCAUGAUAUAUAUAUAGGCCUAUAUAUCUAGGCUCUUAUUAUUGUGACAAUUCAAGAUAUGAUUAAGUCACAAAAUUCAACUUUACUUGAAGAAAUAUGAAUUAAGAUCUGAAAAAAAAAAUUAAGAUUAAUAUUUGUUAUGGAAUUAUCUUUUAAUUUUAAAUCUACUAAGUUUUGUGUGUUUAAGAUUAUUAUCUGAAUAUAAAUUUAUUGAGUAAAUUGAAUUUGAAUUUAUUGGAAAAAUUUUGACCCCAGAGUUUCCAGCGAGCUUUGUCAUAUUGCAGUGAUAAACGACCAAUUCCAAUCACACACCAACUGUCCACAAGAAAAGAUCACAAGUGGUGAUUAGACCUUGUAUAGUGCUACGGAGUGGGGGGGGGGGUUAAUGCGAAAGUUAGUCCCGAAAUGACCUAGUUUGUGUCUUCUCUCUCUCUCUGUAUUGUGCUAGCACAACCGAAUUAAAAGUGAUCAAACUAUUUACAUGUAUUUGUUCUGUAAAAGAAAGUAUGCAAAGUUGUAAUAAACGUUAGUCUAUGCAGUACAAUAAUUGUUAUCAAUUAAUUGUGAUGUGUUAUUUUAUUAUAGCAGAUCAAGUUGGAUUAUUCACAAAUUAUUGUUUAAGUCAAUUUCACUUAUUCUACUGACACAGUAACCAUCAUGAAAACAAAAUUGUAAGCCGGUUGGGGAGUUUCAGGAAUUUCAGGAGUCCACAAUGGCCGCUUUAUAUAAAUGAGGGAAUACAAACCCUAAACAUAACCCUUUUUAGAAGACUGAACUUGGAUCCAAUUUAUCUUUUACCCCUCUUUAAAGGGUUAGGGUUAGUAUUCCCAAAAUACUCAUUUAUAUAAAGUGGUCAUUGUUGACUCCGGAAAUUCACGAACCUCCCCACUUGGUCUAGAAUUAACAUCUCCCAAACAAUAUACAUAUAUAGUAGAAUCUGGACUUUACUGGCACUGAAAUUAAUUGAUUAGUGAAUUUUACUGUCAGUCAAUUAACAUGCCAUAAAUUAGAAUUUAACCUUUAAACAAGGUUAAUUUUAAAGUUUUUAUGUUUGAAAUUAAAAUAUAUUUUAAAAUUGGGAUAACGAUUGAAAUUUUCGUAAUCUUUGAAAAAAAAGAAAAUAUCUUGUUAUUAAGUUAUAUUUGUAUAAUUCUUUGAGCAUCAUCAAAAAAUAUUCUUUAUGAUGUAUAUUAUUAUUUUUAAGUUUGCUUUUUGUUCGUUUGAACUUUUUUUUUACUAGUCUUCAUCAUUUCUUUCAUUUUAUCUGCCCCUGCCUUCGUUAAAAGAACCGUUGGCUGUUGGUAUUCAAAGAAAAGUAGACGGAAAAAACGCUGUCUAGGCAAAAUUUCUCUUGGCAUGGUGUAGGAUGGCAAACCUCAUUUCGCUUACCUGCCCAUAUUUAAAUGUGAUCGAAUAAUAUAUUGAAAAGAUUAGAAAUAUCAUGAUACAUGUAUAACAUAUAUAUUUACAAGGAUAUAUCUCAAUAUAUUAUGAUCUAUGUAUUGUUUAUCAUAAUGAUAUUAUGUUUUUAGUUUGUCUCUCGUAAUGCUAGUUUACCAAUGUCGUACGAUGUGUUGCGAUAGGAUGGUCCCUAUUGAGUCCACGAUCCGGUACGUGCAGACAUGUUCAUUUACAUUUUGAUACUAUCAACAUGAUUGCUACGAAUGAACUCAAUAUAUUUAAGACCUGAUAGGAUCACCACAAUUACUCCACGAUUAAAACCACGAUUUCAUUCGCAGAACGACCCCUAAUAGUGGGAACCUAGCAUUAGUUAUUUAUUUGUGUGACCCGUGUUAAUCUAUUUUUAGAGCAUGACAUAUUCCCAAUCCAUCUGUUAUCAAUUUUGUAGCCACAGAAACAUGUUAGCUCAUGAUAAUCUACCAAUUUUAUCAAGUUUUUUGUCAUAAGCUUCAUGGGGAGGGGGUCGAAUGGUCUAAAACAAUUUUUUAAAAAGUGCUUACUGGUAUAUAAGGUUCUAGUCCCCUAGCUUCUUUUGUGUAUACUAAUAUAUGUUUUAUUUUAUGGUCGAGCGCGAGACAUUAGGUAAUAUAUUAAGAACAUCCUAGUGCUGUAUUAAAAUAUUAUGCAAAUGUCUUGUUCAAGACUAUGAAACAACUUAAAAUACAGAUACUAUGCUGCAUGUACAUUUCAAUGAAACUACCACAUUAGUCCAAAACGUCAUCUAGUAUAAAUAAUCUGUUUCAAUGGCAUUUAGUAAUUGAACUGGAAUAUACAGGUGACAAUUCUAUGGAAUACAAUUACUGCUUAUUACUGAGAGACGUUUCGACUAGGCUUCUCUGGUCAUUAUCAAGCUCAGUAAUAAGCAGUAAUUGAUUUCCAUAGAAUUGUGACCUGUAUAGUAUAAAUAAUGCAAGAUGCACAUAUAUUAUUUGAAAUAAUGGUAUGCCAAGAUCAAAAGGUGAUGUCACAUCUGUAUUUUAUAUCUUUAAUAAACUCGACUAAUAUUGUGUGAAACUUUUGAGUAGUCUUGGUUAUAAUUUUAUAUGUUGAUGUUUUGUACAGAAGAUAUAUGAAUAUAAUAUUAUCCUAGUU